AGAGGUUUAUCUGAAACAACCCCAGAUAGAUAAUUCACUGUAUAUAAGAGCUGGUGUUUCUCUUGUUGAGCAGAACACCUCCACACAGGACGGCUGAAGCUACGAGCUGACACUGAGAAGAAAGAAGAUAAUCCUGCAGCAGAUAAUCAUCAUCUCUAACACCUGCAUCACCUCCACCAUGAAGAUACUGACUGUGUCUCUACUUGUCUGUGCCUUGAUGGCUCUGACCAGAGCUGCUGUUGUUCCAGAGGCAGAGCCUGGAGACAAGACUGAACCAUCAGUUCAAGAAGUUGUUCCAGAGGCAGAGCCUGUAGACAAGACUGAACCACCAGUUCAAGAAGAAGAGAGUCACGUGACGAAGAGGUACUCAUUCUGUCCCAGUGGUUGGACUGGUUUCGACGGUCGCUGUUUCCUCUAUGUUCCAACAGCCAUGACCUGGCCUGAUGCUGAGAAACAUUGUCAACGCUAUGGUGGAAACCUCGCAUCAGUGCACAGCUUUGAUGAGCAUCACAUGAUUCAGACUAUAAUACUGAGGGCCACUGGUUCAUAUCCACACACAUGGCUCGGAGGCUUUGACGCAAUAAAGGAGGGAACUUGGUUCUGGAGCGAUGGUACACCUUUCUGGUUUAGCUUCUGGUCUCCAGGCCAGCCUGAUAACUUUAUGGGGGGACAACACUGUUUGCUGACCAACUUUGGAGCUGAGAAGAACUUUGAUGAUGGCAGUUGUUCUGGCACACUGCCAUUUGUUUGUGCCAGAAAGCUGUGAUAUCUCUUUGGAUACAGCACUCAUCAUAACCACAGGAGCCAGGUGGAUAUUAUAUUUGUGUCUUUAUCACCUGUAGGCUUCUACAUAUUGUAAUCCAUACUUCUUUUUUGUUGCUGUAACACUACUUAAAGAUUAUAGGGUUUUAGCUGAAAUAUUGGUGAGGGGACAUGAAACUGGAAAACUGCAAUUUCUGUUGAAAGUGUAAUAAAAAAAUGCUUUAAAUGCUUUAA